UGCGACGGCGACACUGCUACUCCGUAUCGCACGGCGAGCGCAAUGUUUUUAUCGAAGCUGAAGUCAAUGCGCUUUUAAAGGUUAUCCCCCGAGAAUGAACGUCUUGAAUUUGUUGCCUGCUCUAUCGCGAUUAUCGGUGCGCGCUAUACCUGGCGUACGAAACAUAUCGGCAUGCACCGAUCCGUUGUACUUCAGGGUCAGCAGCGUGCUUUUAGGAGAACCGUUGAAGAAGAAGAAAAGGCUAGACCCCGCGAUUAUUAGGGCGCGAGAGGAAAGAAGAAAGAGGAAGCUAGAGAAGCAAAUUCGUAGGUUGCAGAAGCAAGCUAAGCAGCUGAAACCAAUCAGCGAGAUGGAGGUGCCGUCAAAAUUAAUAGAUGAAAGGCAGGAAAGGUUGCGAAAGCUUCCACCGAUAUCCGAAGAGGAGGCGGAGUCCAGAAUUUUAUUGGAAAAAGAGUGGAACAGAUAUAGAACUAAACAGCAUUUAGCUGACACUCAGGCGAUAGAUUCUAUCUUAUAUUCGCAGCAAAAGGCACUCGACGAACUGAGGGCAGAAUCGGAAGAUUUGUACCAAGAAGCGAUACAACUGGAUCUAGCUCUUUUACCGCACACGGCGAAAGGACCGGUGAAAACGCCUGCGAUAAAAAAUUACGACAGUCCCGAUGGGGAAUACACGAAUACCACUCGGAAAUUCGAUGGAGAGGAAUGAGCGUUUGAUGGCGUUAAAAGGAAUGGAUUUUUAUGUCUGAGAAUACGUACAAAUAAAACGUGUAUUUUCAGCUCGAAA